UUCCCAUCAAUGAAAUUAACUCGAAAAGGCUCAUGAAUUACUGAUGCAAAAGCGACUCGGCGAUACGUUUAUACCAAGUAGAGGCUAGGGGUGGUUAUACGGAGUACCGGAGAUCGAGCUCGGUGGGAUCUGAGAAGGCACACAAGUCCGUAGUUCACGGGUUGGAUCUCCAUAGACCGUAGUUCUUCAAGCUUUUCUGCUCUAAAAAUUCAAAAUGAAUUGAAGCUGAAUAAUGAUAUACCAGAACGCCCUCUUCUCUCUCUAUCUUAGAAUCAAAAGGUGCAAUUAAGAUUAAAAUACAAUGAGUGGUGUUAUCAGAUCUAGUACCCUAAAAUCUGCCUUUUCAUACUGUGUACAACAAGUAAGAAGCUAUGACUACCACAAUUACCUUUGUCUCCUGGAACUCCCCCCUGAGAUGAGAAGAGCUGCUUUUGCCCUUCGUGCCUUCAAUGUUGAAACAGCCAAAGCUAUGGAUGUCGCUUCUGAUCCCAGGAUUGGCCUAAUGCGCCUUCUUUGGUGGCAGGAUGCAAUAGACAAAAUCUACACCAAUAAGCUGAUUGAGCAUCCAAUAGCUCAAUCUCUUUCAUCCGUUGUAUCACAGCAUAAAAUAAGCAAGGCCUGGCUUAAAAGAUCAAUUGAAGCUCGUAUAAAAGAUGCACAAAGGGAACCCGAUGAAAUCUUAAAGACUGUUGAAGAACUUGAAAAAUAUUCAGAGGACACACAGUCUACUAUCUUGUAUACAACAUUGCAAUUUGGAGGUAUCAACUCCACUACAGCUGAUCAUGCCGCUUCUCAUAUUGGUAAAGCUGCUGGACUUGCCUUGCUGCUGAGGUCUUUACCAUACCAUGCUAGUCGUCAGAGACUGUUUGCUUAUAUCCCUUCUGAAGUUGCAUCGAAACAUGGUUUAUUGAUUGAGGAAGGGGGUCAGACUGGAAUCAAUGUAGACUCCCGUGAAGGGCUCUGUAAUGCGGUCUUUGAGAUGGCUUCAGUGGCAAAUUCCCAUCUCCAAAAGGCACGUCAAUUGGCAAAAACAGUACCUUCUGAGGCUAUUCCUGUGCUUCUCCCUGCUGUUCCAACUCAGAUUCUUUUGGAUUCUCUGCACCGAGUGGAAUUUGAUGUUUUUGAUCCUAGGUUGCAGCGAGGUGUUUUGGGGAUUCCUCCACUAUGGUUUCAGCUAAAACUGAAAUGGAAUUCAUGGAGGGGAACAUAUUGAUUUUCACUAUUUGUUGUAGCAACAAUUGAAAAAAUAAACAUGCAAGCCUUUGUAUUUAGAACUAUUUUAAGCAGAGACGUUAGCAGGCCUAUAACAUUAGGCUUGCAUGCAGGCAUAGAUAACAAUAUAACAUUUGCCUUGCAUAGUUGCAUGCAGUGAUGCAGGCAUAGACAACACUUACAGCAAUGUACUUGAGUUCAGAAUGUCGAGUAUGAGUUUUGAUGUUUCUGUCA